AUGGGUUUCCCUUUACGCUUCUUAUCAUCAUUGUCGUUGUGCCUCUUGGCCCUCCUCCUCCACCGGGCCACGGUGACAAGUGGGUGUUUCAGCAUGGAGAGGGAGGCACUUUUGGACUUCAAAGCCGGCAUCCACGACACCCAUAACCGGCUAUCUUCUUGGGUAGGCCAAGACUGCUGCGCAUGGGAGGGGGUCAUCUGUGGUGCCACCACUGGCCACGUCGUCAUGCUGGACCUCCGAAACACAAAUAUUACAUAUGAUUGGGCAUUACGCGGUGAGAGGAUGAACUCGUCAUUGCUUGCUUUAUCACAUCUGGAGCACUUGGAUCUUAGCUUCAAUGAUUUCAGCGGAAUCCGCAUGCCGGAAUUCAUCGGCUCCUUCAAGAAACUGAGAUACCUCAAUCUAUCUUCUACAUAUUUCAUGGGAGGAAUACCGGCUCGGCUGGGGAACCUUUCGAGCCUCUACGUUCUUGAUCUAAGCGAUGCUUUAUACUUCGAUUAUUAUGGCGACGGAUAUCCCGUCGACAAACUCGACUGGCUCUCCCAUCUUACCUCCCUGAAGCACCUGGACUUGAGCCGGUUAGUUCUAACCAAUGUCCCAGAUUGGUUCUCAUCGGUGAACAUGCUGCCAUCCCUCCAAGUGUUAACUAUGUCUUCCGUUGGUCUCAAUACCAUCCCAGCUUCUGUUGCCCACGUCAAUUUCACCUCCUCUCUUGCUGUGCUUGAUCUCUCCUAUAAUAAUUUCGACUCCACCUUACCCAAAUGGUUGUGGAAUAUUAGUAGUCUUACCCAUCUUGAUCUAAGCGAUGCUUUAGAUUUUUCAUCCCUUGUUGACAACCUCGACUGGCUCUCCCAUCUUACCUCCCUGAAGCACCUGGACUUGAGCGGGUUGAAGCUAACCGAUGUCCCAGAUUGGUUCUCGUCGGUGAACAUGCUGCCGUCCCUCCAGGUGUUAAACAUGACUUACGGUGGUCUUAAUAGCAUCCCGGUUUCUGUUGUCCACGUCAACUUCAGCUCCUCUCUUACCGUCCUUGAUCUCUCCAAUAAUAAUUUCAGCUCCACCUUACCCAAAUGGUUGUGGAAUAUUAGUAGUCUUACCCAUCUUGAUCUCUAUUAUUCUGGGUUAUAUGGCGUUAUUCCUGAUGCAAUUGGAGACUUGAGCUCUCUUACUUUUCUUAAUCUAGGAGUCAAUCAACUCGAGGGUACCGUACCGAGAUCCAUAGUUGAUCUCCGUAGACUGAAAGAAUUACAUAUGCCGUUGAACCAAUUGGCAGGAAAUUUGAGCGGUUGGCUGGAGCAAAUGACGAAUCUCAUCAUUUUGGAUCUCCGAAACAAUUUAUUCAACGGUUCCAUGCCUUCCUCCGUUGGUAAGUUCUCUAAUCUCACUGAAUUGUAUCUCCGUGGAAAUUCUCUGGGAGGUAUCAUUUCAGAAGUUCAUUUUGAGAAUCUUACCAGAUUGCAAGUAUUAGACUUGUCUGACAACUCCAUCACCAUAUCAAUUGGCCAGAGUUGGGUCCCUCCUUUCCAACUCAGAGUAGUAGAUUUAACCAAUUGUCAGUUGGGACCUCAAUUUCCAGAUUGGUUGCAGUUCCAAACACAGAUCCAAGGGUUAUCCAUGGAUUAUUGUAAAAUUGCAGGGACAAUGCCCGCUUGGUUUUGGAAUAUUUCAUCUUCUACCAUCACAUAUUUAUUCCUUUCCAACAACCAAAUAGGAGGGAAGCUGCCAUCUUCUUUAAAGUUCACAAAGUUGGAAAUAUUAGAUUUGGAUUCCAACAGAUUUGAAGGUCCAUUGCCUCCGAUGCUACCGUCUACACUGGAUAUUCUAUCUCUCUUCAAUAAUUCCUUUACAGGGCAAUUGCCGAUAUGGCCCUAUGUUCAAUCAGUGGUACUCUCAAAUAACAUGCUUGAUGGUGGCUUAUCUUCGUCAAUCUGCCAAUGGACAGGUGGUCUCGUAUACCUUGACCUUUCGAACAACAAAUUACUUGGUGAGAUCCCUUAUUGUCUGGGAAAAUCAUUACAAAAUCUUCGGUUCUUAGAUUUGAGCAACAACCACUUGUCGAGUGAAAUUCCAUACACGAUCGGGUUUUUAAAUGGGCUUUCACUUUUGCAACUAAAAAAUAACAGUUUUUCGGGUGAGGUUCCUUUGUCAUUGAAAAAUUGUACAAAUUUAUGGUUUCUUGAUCUGACUCAAAAUAAUCUUGUCGGAAGUAUAACGCUAUGGAUGGGAGAAAAUCUACGACAACUGCAAGUACUUCGUCUACGUUCAAAUAUGUUUUCUGGAGUUAUUCCCUGCCAACUUGCUCGAUUUGAACAGCUUCAAAUAUUGGAUCUUGCAAAUAAUAAUUUCUCUGGAUCAAUACCUCACAACAUUGAUUUUAAUCCUAAAAUUUCUAGUGUGGAUGAUCCAAGACUUUACCGUAGAUGGGGAGAAGUCGAUAGCUCGAUAGUUCCUUUCGCCGUAACAGACAUAUGUCAUGCGAACGGAGGCCAAGCCAUUAGGGACUCCGUCGCCCCUCCACUGCUAUUCCAUCUCUAUGUCGGUGUCCGCUGCCCCGUCCCGUCCCUGUCCGACUCCCUGUCGAUAUGCCUGGCCAACAUUGGUUUGGGAACGCCGUUCAUAUCUUUGCUGGAGUUGAGGCAUAUCGACAACCACCUGGCGUACCAGCACGCAAAUCAAUUCGCUGCACUACUCUUCUACAGUCGCUACAACUUGGGAUCCCUCACCAACUUGGGAUCCAUGCUUGCUGAAAUUUCUUCUCCCAUACAGAUUGUACAUUGUUCAUGCUGUUGGGCUGAUAGUCCAUAUUCAGCCCAUGUGGGCUAG